CCGCAGUGCAAGAGUGACAGCGAGUCGGCUCAAGUCGUUGUACAUUGCGAGCAUGUCAUAUCAUCCCGUUCCUUCCUGCGAGUCGUGCACACAGAGAGGGUUCAUGGAUAGGUCAGGCGCUGCGGCAGUGAGAACAGAAGUGUGCCAAGAGACGCCCAAGACGGCCCAAGCGGGCCUCUGUAGCCGUGUUGUUGGCUCGAGGACCGAUCGGCUCAUUUGGUCGAUCAGCAUUGCGUUGUGGUUGACCCCCAGGCGUCUUUUGCGUAUUCUCGAGCCGUUCCCCGCCAUGAUUCAGUACGAGCCCACGCUAUCGCGCAGCCUUCUGCUGGGCAUGAGGGGCAGCGUCGGACCUUUCGCAUGUCUGUUCGCGCUGCCCUCGGCCAUCUUCGCGGUGGUGUUGAAAACGUGGAUCGAGUCUACGGACUCGGACACCACGAAAAGUUUUGGUUUAUCUGCCACGCCGUACACCAGCUUCACUGCCAUGCUUGCAUUCUUGAUCAUCUUUCGCACCCAACAGGCAUAUUCGCGAUUCUGCACAGGGGGGGCACUUGUGCGAUCGAUGACUUGCUUGUGGUGCGACGCUGCUGGCAGCUUCGUCACCUUCACACGUACAUCCAAGAAUGAUAGCUAUGAGGUCGGCAGAUUUCGAGAGUUGGUGGUGCGACUGUUCAGUCUCAUGAACGCCCUUGCUUUGGCGAAGUUAUCGGACACCGACGGCGAUGAUGGGAUGGCCUUUUUUCUGAAUUUGCAGGUAAUCGAUCCUGGGUCGCUGGAGCCGUCAGUGAUCCGUACUGUGAACGACACGGAGCUGAAAGUCGAGGCAGUGUACAAUAUGCUCAUGGCAUUGCUUGCGGAGGCGGAUCAGGCCGGUCUCAUGAGAUUUGCACCGCCAGUCUUCGCGCGAGCUUUAAACGAAAUGCAUUGUGGUUGUCUCAAGUAUGAGGAUGCCCACAAUCUUCGGUUUUUGUUAUUCCCAUUCCCGUACGCGCAGGUCACUGUGUGGAUGAUGUUUAUCCACAUGAUGGCGACACCGUUCAUGGCAGCAAUCGUUUGUAUCGGGAGCACGCAGGCAUUCUGCAUAUGUUUCCUGCUAACGUUCGUGUUCUGGUCCUUGCAUGAAGUAUCCGUUGAGCUUGAGAAUCCAUUUGGCUCUGAUGCUAAUGACCUGGACAUGCAGGGAUAUCAGGACUACUGUAACAAGCGGCUGCUACUGCUUCUACAUCAAACAAAUGAGAAAGCUCCCGACCUUAGGACGGAUGUCGCGCUGUCAGAGCUCACAAUAAAAACAGUUCGUGGAGAGACAUUGCCCUUGCUUGAUGCCGGUGUGAUUUUCUCAGGUCACAGCAAAGCGUGUCUUCUGAGAUCCAAUGUCCACGAGGUCUCUGAUGACAGCUCAAGCGAUUUAGACGAUGGGCGGCAUGCACAUACUGCUGGUUUCCACUAAAAGCACCAAUGAGUGGACAAGCCUAGGCCCUUCGAAUGUAGAGGAGGCCGUAAGGUAUGCCCUUCCUUUUGGUCCACGGCCUCAUCUACCAUGAGGACUCACCUCCCUUUUCCUCCCUCCUCCGCGUUCGCCGCUGGCAUUUCAGAGCGGGCGCCGUGCACUGAUCAAAACAGCAUCGGUCGUGCAGGCCUGACUGCCACGUACCGGCACCCGCCAGGCGGGAAUCGUUGUUUUCUAUGUGUGGAUUGUCGUGUUGCCGUCCUACUGGAUGGUACAGUUUGAGUCAUGAUCUUCGUUGGAAUCGGGGCUCCCCUGAGAGGUGGGGGGCCGAGAGGGACCCCUCGACGUCAAGGCAGUCCGCGGUGGCGAGCGGCACGGGCAAACUCAGGGUUGCACUCCUGCCCGUUUGUACGUUUCAAUUGUGCCACACUUGUUUUCCAUCCUCGCCAAUGGUACCCUGGCUAUUCCUCUACUUUCAUGUUUGUCUUCUCCGUCUGCGUCCUCGGAUCCACCUACGCAAGCCCUAGCUCUUUCGUUAGCUCGUCAUAGCUGCGCGAUCCCAGUGGCUUGUCGAGGACAGGUCGCUGGUUUGCGCAUAGGUUUCCUUGCUGGACAUGCCCGCGAUACAUCGAAUUCGGGCACUGUUUGGUAGGCUGCUCAGGCACGUCAUAGUUAAGCCUGUUUUCGCGCCACUGCGCGCCGAGGCUCGUUGAUACGUCAGGCGCUGCGGCUGUGAUAGCAGAAAUGAUUGACGCUUCGCGUAUUCCCACCAGGUGCUCCUGUUUUAAUUAGUAGGCCCGCGUCCUGGACUUACGACUCACCGCUUGCGCUCUUGCCUGCGGCUGCGACC